UUUAAUAUCCGGAACCAAUGAAGCCGGUGGAGUCCGCUAAGCGAGUUGCACCGAGCCUAAGAUUCUGAACACGUUACAUCCGGUUGUGUUGCACUCGUAGGGGCAGCAAUGGCAGCGUUUUCUGAGAUGGGCGUUAUGCCUGAAAUCGCUCAGGCUGUGGAAGAGCUGGACUGGCUACUACCCACUGACAUCCAGGCAGAGUCUAUUCCCCUUAUUCUCGGUGGAGGAGAUGUUCUCAUGGCGGCAGAAACCGGUAGUGGCAAAACAGGUGCCUUCAGUAUCCCAGUGAUCCAGAUUGUGUAUGAGACCCUGAAGGAUCAGCAGGAGGGCAAGAAGGGCAGAGCUGCUGUCAAGACUGGAGGAGCCAUUUUCAACAGUUGGCAGAUGAAUCCCUAUGACCGCAGUACAGCCUUUGCAAUCGGUCCAGACGGAUUGUGCUGCCAGAGCCGGGAGUUUAAAGAGUGGCAUGGCUGUCGCUCCACAAAAGGCAUCACCAAAGGGAAGUACUACUACGAGGUCACCUGCCAUGACCAGGGUCUGUGUCGCAUUGGUUGGUCUACCAGUCAGGCAGCUCUUGACUUGGGAACUGAUAAGUAUGGUUUUGGUUUCGGUGGAACUGGAAAGAAAUCCAACAACAAGCAGUUUGACAGCUAUGGAGAGGAGUUUACCAUGCAUGACACCAUUGGAUGCUACCUGGAUCUGGACAAGGGCCAAAUUUCCUUCUCUAAAAAUGGUAAUGACCUGGGUUUGGCUUUUGAGCUCCCGCAACAUGUCAAGAAUCAGCCCUUUUUUGCCUCCUGUGUGCUCAAGAAUGCAGAGCUGAAGUUCAACUUUGGAGGAGAAGACUUCAAGAAUCCCCCCAAGAGUGGCUUUGUUGCCCUGAACCAGGCCUCCGAGGCUCACCAAGUAAAAUCCUCUCAGACAGGCACUGCCAAAGUGAGUGAGGUGAAGGCCUCAUCCAACGCACCAAAAGCUCUGAUCAUCGAACCAUCAAAAGAAUUGGCUGAACAGACCCUCAACGUUGUCAAGCAGUUUAAGAAAUAUGUGGAAAACCCCAAACUGAGGGAACUGCUGGUGAUUGGUGGUGUGGCUGCCAAGGAGCAGCUGGCUGCUCUCGAACAGGGGAUUGACAUCGUGGUGGGAACACCUGGUAGACUGGACGAUCUCAUAUCCACUGGGAAGCUUAGUCUGUCACAAGUCCGCUUUCUAGUCCUGGAUGAGUGUGAUGGCCUCCUGUCUGCAGGCUAUACAGACUUUAUCAACAGAAUCCACAAACAAAUCCCUCAGGUCACCUCUGAUGGCAAGAGACUGCAGGUGAUUGUUUGUUCAGCCACACUGCAUUCCUUUGAUGUGAAGAAAUUGUCCGAGCGCAUAAUGCACUUUCCCACUUGGGUGGACCUGAAGGGAGAGGAUUCUGUCCCUGAGACUGUCCACCAUGUGGUAGUACCUGUCAAUCCCAAGAGCGAUCGAAUCUGGGAGCGUCUGGGCAAGAACCACAUCCGGACAGAUGAAGUCCAUGCUAAAGAUAACACCAGACCAGGAGCAAAUUCUGCAGAAAUGUGGUCAGAAGCCAUCAAGGUGCUGAAGGGCGAGUAUGCAGUGAGAGCCAUCAAAGAGCACAAGAUGGACCAGGCCAUCAUCUUCUGUCGCACCAAGAUCGACUGUGACAACAUGGAGCAGUACUUUAUCCAGCAAGGAGGAGGUCCGGACAGUAAGGGCCACCAGUUUUCCUGUGUUUGUCUCCAUGGUGAUCGUAAGCCCAAUGAGCGGAAAACUAACUUGGAACGCUUCAAGAGAAAAGAAGUGAGGCUCCUGGUCUGCACAGACGUUGCUGCCAGAGGAAUCGACAUCCACGGGGUUCCUUAUGUGAUAAAUGUCACCCUGCCAGAUGAGAAGCAGAACUAUGUCCAUCGUAUCGGCAGAGUUGGAAGAGCCGAGAGAAUGGGGCUGGCGAUCUCACUGGUUGCCAUGGAGAAGGAGAAGGUGUGGUACCACGUUUGCCCGAACCGAGGCAGAGGCUGCUACAACACCCGGCUGAAGGAGGAUGGAGGUUGCACCAUCUGGUACAACGAGAAAGAGCUCCUGUCAGAAAUUGAGGAGCAUCUAAAGUGCACCAUCACCCAGUGUGAGCCGGACAUCAAAGUACCUGUGGAUGACUUUGAUGGAAAGGUCACAUAUGGUCAACGCAGGGCUUUGGGAGGUGGUAACUACAAAGGUCACGUGGAUGCUCUGGCCCCGACAGUCCAGGAACUGGCAAAUCUCGAGAGGGAAGCCCAAAGUUCCUUCCUCCAACUGGGAUUCUUGCAAAACCAACUUUUCAGAGCCUUCUGAGCACACCCCAACUGGCACAAACACUGCAGGCUGCUGAUACAGGCGACAGAUAAAUGAACAUUUUGACAUGCUGCACCAACAGGAAGCUUUUCCCACCCACAUGUAAACUUAAAAUGUGUAUUAAAGGUGUCAAUAUUUCAAUGGGUAUGCCAGACUUCUUUAUAGCCUGCAGAUGGGAGAUGACUAAACUCUAGGUUGAAAGCAAGUCGGCAUUCAGCAUCAAGGCCUGUUUAGACCUUAUUUAGAGAGACAAAGGCCUUCACCGUGCUGCUUGAAAAAAUAAUACAGAACAACUCUUGGCAUGAAAUGCUAGUGCUCAUGCAAAAACCUAAUUUGUUGAAUUUUGAAUUUUGUUUUCUGAUUGAUGUGACAGAAUGAAAUAUUUAAGUUUCCCAAUUGAAUAACUUGCAAAAAAAGUCAAUGUCUUUAAGUGGUUUGAUGUUUUUGUUUUUUUCCUGAAAUAAACGAGUAGCCUGCUCA